AUGCUGGCGCUCGCGAACAACAACUCGAACCGCGGCCCCAUGAACGCGGCCAUCGCGGCCCUUGACGAUGUAAACCAGCAUGAGUUGACUGGUAUCCUUCAGUACUUCUUGCGCCUCAAGCCCACGGCGUCCGUGGAGCAGUUCCGCUACUGCAUCACCGUCCUUGAGUUCCUCGCGCGCUGUGGAAUUCCCGAGAAGUUCCCGGCCGACGGGGCCAUCGUGAAGGCGUUCGUGGACAAGGUUUUGCUUUCGGCUUGGAAUCGCAUGGACAUGAAAAAGCCGAACCGCGAGAAGAUCUUCCAGACGUACGAGGCCUUGUGGAAACUGGUGCUCCCCGAAGCCGCCGUCCGCGCCAUCAGGGCGCACGAGGGUCAGUGGGUGGAGAUCGCUGACAAGGUCACGCUGGUUCACGAUGCCGGCGAGCUCGGGAAGGCUAUGUUUGGAGAGAUCACGUCGUGCGUCCUCGCUGAGAAAGCCGACGUGAAGAUCUCCCAGGACAUCGAGGCCCUGCUGGCCCAGGAGGGCCAGGUCACCAUGGCAAAGAUCAACAAGGCGAGGAAGGAGACCGUGGCUGCGCUGGCGACGAUGGGUUUGGGUUCGUUGCCAGAGCGCCGCAAGAUCACCCUGAAGUAUCGGGAGUGCUCUUACGACGGCAAGGUGACCUGCAUUGGCGACGAGGUGGAGCAGCGGUACUGGACCAGGAUCCGGGCCCAGUGCGCGGCCCAGAGGCUUAUCCCUGGCCUCUUCUGCGAGGACCAGCUCGUCGACACGGCCGUCGGCAAGGAGGUCGACUUCCACCCAGGCGUCUACUCGAAAGCGAAGUCGGCGCGUGAGAGUGCCAACGAGGGCAUGGCCGAGCAAGAGAAUACGGACGGCAAAGCUGUCGCCGCGUAUCUUGAGCGCUCCGAGAAGUCGCUGAUUGCCUUGGACACCAUGUGGAAGAGUACGGACCACCAGUGGAUGCUGUCCAUGGUCGGGAAGGCCGGGGAGCAGCGCCUGCUCGACAAGAGCUUGGCGAUCAUCCCCGGGAAGGGCGAGAAGAAGAAGAAGCUGACCGAAGUGGCCAAGGAGAUGUGCCUCUUGCUGUCUUCUGACCUGGCGAAGUUCUGCAGCGACACGGCCCGCGGCAACCUCCAGAGCGUCAUCGAUUCGGUGAGCCUGAUGGUGUCCGGGAAGCCUCUUAAUUUCCAGAACAAGGGGAAUGAGUUCGUCAACCGCUUCCUUGCGAAGGCAGCCGGCCUCGUCAGCUCUGGGACUGGCGCGAACGCGAAGUACGGGAAGGAGGCGGUCGUGGCGCUGCUGGCCGGCUUGCAGGAGAAACCCCAGCCAGUCGCCCUCGAGGAGCUGGAUGACGUCGUGGUCUACCAGUGGCUCCUCGAUAAGCCGCAGCGCGACAAGGUGAAGCAGCUGGAGGCUCUUGCGGUUGCUGCGGUGGGAGGGGCGCCCAAGGCUUCGUCGGCCGCGGGCCCGUCGGCGGGCUCGGCGUCCCCCUCGGCCGCCGCGCCCAAGAAGGCGGCCAGGAAGGGGAAGUCCGAGCUGGAGAAGGCCAUGGCCAUGUUCGGCGGGGGCUUGUAGACGGCAGCCCUUUUGGGGGGCGCCCCGCUCCUGACGUGAGGCGGGGCGCGGGGGCGGCGGCUUAGCUAGGUGGAGGCUCGGCUGUCCUAUUGGGUUUCCUCUGCCGGUUAGCUCGUGCGGCGCCAGUGGUUCAUCGACCCAUUGGUGAGGCGGCCUGGGCGCGCCAGUUCGGCAGCCCCAGGCGGUGUCAGCAGAAACCCGUGGGUGAUUUGUAUUAGCGUUGAUUCCACAUAGGGACAG